AUGGAUGUGCAGACGUGUCUUAUUGACUUGGCCUCCUAUGCGUACACUGACAACGAUAUUGAAUACCGUUGGAAAGAAACUGAUCCGGUGCAGCUGAAAGACGGUCUCAAUUCUUCACUACCCAGUUUUCAACUAAAUAAUGUCUCAACAACGUACUGCACCAGCAAAACGAAUACCGGCACCUACUCGUGCCUACGAACUGUGCUAGAGCUUAGGAGGCAGUUCAGUUACUACUUGUUACAACUAUACAUACCGUCGACUAUGUUGGUGAUAGUAUCAUGGGUUUCAUUUUGGUUGGACAGAACAGCGGUUCCUGCGAGAGUGACACUCGGGGUGACUACACUCCUCACAAUGACGACGCAGGCUUCCGGUAUAAACGCUAAGCUCCCACCGGUUUCCUAUACGAAAGCAAUCGACGUUUGGAUUGGCGCCUGUCUCACGUUUAUCUUUGGAGCACUACUUGAGUUCGCAUGGGUUACCUAUAUCUCCUCAAGGAAUUUCGCCAAAUCUGCCGCAACUACCCGGAAUGAGCCCCGAACAGGUUCUCUGAUUCUCGCAAACCAACAAGUGAUAAUUCCUCCAACCACGAUAGAUUUCCGGUCGAAUAAUUCGGAAACAGAAGUUUGGGUGAAGAGGCGAGAGUUCGACGACGCCGCUGAAUUGCUUGUACUCGGUAAUCGGAGGAAUCCCAACCGGUAA